AUGUCUGUUUCGUCAUCAUCUAGUAUUUAUCGAUUACAACCGGUUCAUGACCAUCAUCAUCAUCAUAAUGAUCAAGCAGUAGGAGAUGAUGAAGGAGAUGAUGAGCAUCCUAUAGCUUAUGAAAUUGAAGAUCAAUCAAAUUUAGAUCGUACAUUUUUUAAAAUUAGAUAUAGAUCAAAUUCAGCAGUUAGUAAUACUUCAUCAAAUGAAUUAUCCCAUUCUAUCACUGCCUUGACUCCAUUGUCGAUCAAUAAUGCAUCUCCAAAUGUUUCCACUGCCAUUACUACUCCUGCAGUAUUACCUAUUAUAAAAGUAUUGGGAACAGGAGGAACCAUCGCUUCGAAAGGACAAUCAUCUCAUCAAACUGCCGGUUAUGAAGUCGAUCUUACCAUUGAACAAUUAGUACAGAGUAUUCCUGAUAUAUCGAGCACAUGUUUAUUAGAAUAUGAACAAAUUUUCAACAUUGAUUCGAAAGAAUUCGAUACCAGUCAUUUAUUACAAUUAUAUACCAAGAUAGUGGAAGAUUUAUCUCAUUAUGAUGGAAUAGUAAUCACUCAUGGAACAGAUACGAUGGAAGAAACGGCAUUUUUCCUUCAAUCCACCAUCAAUACAUUCAAACCGAUUGUGAUUUGUGGAUCCAUGAGACCAUCGACAGCUAUUUCAUCUGAUGGUCCAAUGAAUUUAUAUCAAGCCAUCGUCAUUGCCUCCAAUCGUGAAUCAAGAGGUAGAGGAGUCUUAAUUGCUUUGAAUGAUAGAAUUGGAUCAGGGUAUUAUAUCACUAAAUCAAAUGCCAAUUCCUUAGAUACGUUCAAAUCGAUAGGUCAAGGAUAUGUGGGUAAUUUCGUCAAUAAUGAAAUCCAUUAUUAUUAUCCACUGGCUAAACCAUUAGGAUUAACAUAUUUCAACUUGACCGAUGAUAAUAAUGAAGAUGCCACUACAAUCAUCUUACCUCAAGUUCAUAUCAUCUACGCUCAUCAAGGAUUAGACAAUCAAUUAUUGAAAUUAACGAUUGAACAAUUACAUUCUCAAGGAUUGGUCAUCGCUACCAUGGGAGCAGGAUCAUUAUCAGAUGAGACUAAUCAAUAUUUAUAUGAUUUGAUUGGGAAUACGACUUUCCCCGUGGUGUAUGCUAAGAGAUCAAUGGAUGGGAUGGUUCCAAUUGGAUCGAUUCCAAAAGUCUUAAGUGAAGAUGAAAAGAGAAUUAAUUUUAAUAAUGCUAUUGCGGGGGGAUAUCUUAAUCCUCAAAAGGCGAGAAUUUUAUUACAAUUGUGUUUAAAUCAAGGCUUAGACUUAAAUGAGAUUAAAAAGGUGUUUAAAGGUGUGUAA